UUUUUGUAUAAAAACGAAGAGACGCCGCAUUCGUAAUUUAAAAGUUAAACAUGGCAAAUAAAUCAGUCGUUUUUGUGCUGGCACUUUUGACUGUCGGAGUGUUCUCGGUGGAAAUUCCUAGUGACUUGCAAGAAUUUAUUGAUGACAUUCACGACACGUGCAUCAAAAAAAGUGGAAUAACAGACGAGGAUCAUACAAAAUAUGACAUCAAAAACAAGGACCCGAAAAUGAUGGAAUAUAUGAAAUGUCUUAUGCUGGAGUCGAAAUGGAUGAGCCCAUCUGGAGAGAUAGAAUAUAGUUUUAUUGAGGAUAGUGCACAUCCUAAAAUUAAGGAUUUACUCAUGGCAGCACUCAAUCAAUGCAGACAUAUUGAAGGAGCCGAUUUAGCGGAGAAAGCUUAUAACUUUAACUACUGUAUGUUUGAAGCUGAUCCCAACAAUUGGUUCUUUGUUUAAAUUUGUAUAACUAUGAACUUAUGAUGAGUUUAUUUACCAUAUGUUUGACCAUGGCAACGACAUUUGACUUGCAUAUAUUUAGUAAUUGUUAAAUAUAUAUUGAGCAUAUUA